CCAGCGGACUUCCUCCUUCUGGGCUUCUCUGAACACCCAGGACUUGAAAGAAUCCUCUUCGUGCUCGUCUUAGCUUCCUACCUCAUGACUCUGGUGGGCAACACGCUCAUCAUCCUGUUGUCCAUGCUGGAGCCCAGGCUCUACUCCCCAAUGUACUUUUUCCUCUCCAACCUCUCCUUCUUGGACCUCUGUUUCACCACAAGUUGUGUCCCCCAGAUGCUGGUCAACCUCUGGGGCCCAAACAAGACCAUCAGCUUCCUAGGCUGCUCAGUCCAGCUCUUCACCUUCCUGUUCCUAGGGACCACCGAAUGUGUCCUCUUGACAGUGAUGGCCUUUGACCGCUACGUGGCUGUCUGCCAGCCCCUCCACUACACCACCAUCAUCCACCCUCGCCUCUGCCGGCAGCUGGCGGCCGUGGCCUGGGUCAUUGGGCUGGUGGAGUCUGUGGUCCAGACACCACCCACCCUCCGCCUGCCUUUCUGCUCCCACCGGCAGGUGGAUGAUUUUGUGUGUGAGGUCCCGGCUCUAAUUCGACUUUCCUGUGGGGACACCAGCUACAAUGAGAUCCAGAUGGCUGUCGCCAGUAUCUUCAUCUUGGUCGUGCCCCUCAGCCUCAUCCUGAUUUCCUACGGAGCCAUUGCUCGGGCAGUGCUCAGGAUUAACUCUGCCACAGCCUGGAGGAAGGCUCUGGGAACCUGCUCCUCCCAUCUCACGGUGGUCACCCUCUUCUACAGCUCAGCCAUGGCUGUCUACCUCCAGCCCAAAAAUCCCUAUGCCCAGAAGAGGGGCAAGUUCUUUGGUCUCUUCUAUGCAGUAGGCACCCCUUCACUUAACCCUCUCAUAUACACCCUGAGGAAUAAGGAGAUAAAGAGGGCAUUCAGGAGGUUGCUGGGGAAGGACAUGGACUCCAGGGAGAGCUGAGGGAGAGCUGCCUGAUGUGCUUUGAAAGUGAGAAGACCUUCAUGGUUUUGUCAGGACGUGUGUAUUCCUCACACCUCU